UUUACCUUUAUUUUAAGCCGCAACAUGGCAAUGGAAAAUCCUUAUUUUUGGAAUGAUUUUGAAUUAAAACAACCUCCCUUGGUGACCCUGCAAGUAGAGGACACGGGCUUUGCCAAAAAUGUGUUCGUGGUCAUCAACAGGUUCCUGCAACAGUUGUCCGAACCGGAUUGCAAGGAAUUCGAGGAGACGGCGGCGUUGAUUGGACGCCUGAUGGCGCGCAGGAAGAACUCCUUUCGAAAUAUGCCAGGAUUCCGUGCUGUUUGCAAGCUAAAUGCCGCGCUGUGCCGCCUGCUCCGCUUGGACUUGGCCAGGGAUCUGCAGCAGUUUCGCGGCGCUCUGCCGGAUGUGUGCGACGACCAACUGGGCGGAGCCAUGCCCACGCGCAGUAGCUUCGAGUUUAUUUUGGUGCGAGUCCUCGGCUUCUAUCAUCUGCACGAGCGGAUCAGGGAAUGCUGUCUCUCGGCGGCCAACUACUUCACCAAAGUCCUGCGCAACAACUUCUUCAUGGACUUUACCACCCUGCUGAUCGCCGCCAUUGGGAAGAUCUAUAAACUAAGUUCCCUGCAGGCGGGCAAAAGUGCCAGUCUAUACAAUAAGCUGCGCCCACAGGUGGCCAACUUUCCGCUGGUGGAAAGGCACAAGUUCCUGGCGGAAAGUCAAGAGCUUCCUGGCCAAUUAGAGAUUAUUAAGAGCACAAAAACUGAAACCAAGGCAGCCAACACACCUGAUUUAAUGAUGAAAGCCAAAAAGGUGGUCACCAAAGUGGAAAAGGCCAAGCUGGAGGCCAAAUCCGAUGUGGGCACUGUUAUAGCCAGGAAGGAAGCACCCAAAAUCCAAUUCAAUGAAGAGAUUCUAGCCACUGUUGCGGAUGCACAGCAGUUCAUUGCCCGCGAAUCGAAGGCCAGAAAGCAGAAUCCUCCUCCAGACAGUUGUUUAACCAGGAAAAUACCCAAGCACGAGUGGCUAGCCGCACAGACGCUGUUCCAGCGCAAGUUGUCGAAGGAACCCGCAAAGGCAUUGAGCAUAUUUCGUAAGUUUAUUGUUAGUAAAAUAAAGUAAAUUCACA